ACGAGAACGUCCUUGUUUCAUGGUAUUUUUCCCACACGCCUUUUCUUAGAGUAAUAGGUCAAAUCGCAACUUAGGAGAGAUGUCUCGGUGUUUGACACUACUUAGAUUUGUUCAGCACACCCGUGGAAAUGCCAGACCUUUCUCAUGUAGCCGAAAUUGGAGAGGCACAGCGACAUUCAUUCGAGGCAAUGAAAGACCAAGGAUGAAACAGUAUAGCACUGAACUCAGACUCUGGAGCCCAAACCAUGUUGGUGUGAAGUUAACCUUCCGUUCCCAUAGCACUCAAACAGAAAGUGCUGAAGACGAAAUUCUCAACAAUAUUAUUAAUGACACAGAGAAAAUUCAAGGGUCCUAUUCUAAGCAUGAGUUCCAGGCAGAAACUAAAAAGUUGCUGGACAUUGUGGCCAGAUCUCUGUACUCUGAGAAAGAGGUGUUCAUAAGAGAGCUUAUCUCAAAUGGUAGUGAUGCGUUGGAGAAGUUGCGAUAUAAGCUUAUUACAGGAGGAGGAGAUUCUGAACCUUUGGAAAUCCAUCUACAGACUGAUGUAGCUAGAGGCAUUUUAACUAUUCAGGACACUGGCAUUGGGAUGAAUGAAGGGGAACUUAUAAGAAACCUGGGCACCAUUGCAUGCUCUGGCUCUAAGGCUUUUCUGGAGACUCUUCAGAGCCAAGCAGAGGCCAAAAGCAACAUAAUCGGGCAGUUUGGUGUUGGGUUUUACUCUGCAUUUAUGGUGGCUGACAAAGUAGAUGUUUACUCUCAGAGUGCAGAGCCUGGUGUUCCCGGAUACAAGUGGUCCUCAGACGGCUCAGGAGUGUUCCAAAUUGCUGAGGCCAGUGGGGUGAGACAGGGCACUAAGAUUGUCUUACACCUGAAAGAUGAAUGCAAGGAGUUUUCUUCUGAGGACCUUGUUAAAGCGGUUGUGAACAAGUACAGCAACUUUGUCAGUUUCCCCAUUUACCUGAAUGGCAGAAGACUGAACACACUGCAGGCUCUCUGGAUGAUGGACCCCAAAGAGAUCAGUGAUUGGCAGCAUGAGGAAUUUUAUCGGUAUAUAGCUAAGGCAUAUGAUAAACCUCGCUACAUACUGCACUACCGUGCUGAUGCUCCCCUCAACAUACGCAGCAUUUUCUAUGUUCCUGAGAUGAAACCAAACAUGUUUGAUGUGAGUCGAGAGAUGGGCUCCAGAGUGGCUCUAUACAGCCGGAAAGUCUUGAUCCAAUCCAGUGCUUCAGAAAUUUUGCCCAAGUGGCUGCGCUUUAUGCAAGGAGUGGUGGACAGUGAGGACAUCCCCUUGAAUCUCAGCAGAGAGUUACUACAGGAAGGCUCUCUCAUCAGGAAAUUGAGGGAUGUAUUGCAGCUGCGAAUCAUCCGUUUCCUGUUGGACCAGAGCAAGAAAGAGCCUGAGAAAUAUUCUUGCUUCUUCGAAGACUAUGGACUUUUUAUACGAGAAGGCAUCAUCACCAGUGCUGAGCAGGACAUUAAGGAGGAUAUAGCAAAGCUGCUUCGUUUUGAGUCCUCAGCAUUGCCAGCAGGGCAGCAAACUAGCCUCAUGGACUAUGCCUCACGCAUGAAGGCAGGCACCAGGAACAUCUACUACUUGUGUGCUCCCAACCGCCAUCUGGCUGAACACUCUCCAUACUAUGAGGCCAUGAAAAUGAAGGACAUGGAGGUGCUUUUCUGUUAUGAGCAAUUUGAUGAGCUAACGCUGCUCCACCUCAGAGAGUUCGACAGGAAGCUACUCAUCUCUGUGGAAACUGACAUUGUUGUUGACCACUACAAGGAAGAAAAUUUUGAAGCCAGCAAGCCAGAACAAUUAUGCGAGCAGCAUGCUGAGGAUCUAAUGGCAUGGAUGAGGAACUGUCUUGGUCGGAAAGUCACAAACAUCAAGGUGACUCCUCGUCUGAAUGCUCACCCCGCCAUGAUCACAGUGCUGGAGAUGGGAGCAGUCCGUCAUUUCCUUCGCACUCAGCAGCUGGCACGUAGUGAGGAGGAGAGGACGCAAAUCCUUCAGCCAACCCUGGAGAUCAAUGCUGGGCAUGACCUCAUCAAGAAGCUUUAUGUGUUGAAAGACUCAAAUCCUGACCUUGCACGGCUGCUUCUUGAGCAGAUUUUUGACAAUGCUAUGAUCACAGCUGGUCUGAAUGAUGACCCUCGACCAAUGAUCUCUCGCCUAAAUGAUCUGCUGACCAAAGCCAUGGCGAAACACUGAGACCAUGACUGGAGAGACUUGUCUUAAGGAAUACUUUAUAUCCAUCAUCAAACAUUUAGCCGUGGAUUCAGCACAAUUCUCCACUGAAAUGAAUGCAAUGUGGUACAAUAAUUUUGCUAGUUGACAUGUAACAUUAAAACUGUUAAAUCAG